CUUGGUCGCCGUGGUGGUCGGGUGUGCGUGUCCUAGUCGUUCCCAGCCUGACACGCUUCUCCAGGCUCUCCCCGCCGUGUAUAGUACCUUCAAUCUUCCUUACCCAGCAAGUAAAUCUAGUAAUUUUGAGAAUUUGUAUAUCGUGAGGAAUGAAACGAAGAGUUUUAUGAUAUAUGAAACUGUGGAAAACAUCUCUAUUUUGAAGGAAAAAGACGUAUUUAUAAACAAUAUCAGUGACGUCAAAGGAUGUCUCGAGUGCUGUGAUUUGUGGCAAAGAACAUCGGCUACACCUAAAGUGGCCUCAGCUGAAGUUUAAGUGGCGUUUAUCGUAUUUGAAAAGGCGUCCACCGCAAUUUAAGUGGCAGCUUUCUCAGUUAAAGAAGUGUGGUGAUAGUUUCCUAAUUAUUUCCAUAAUGAUGCUGUCUUAAACAAGUGCCAGUGGAGUGAGAGUGCCGUCGCGUCUCACUGUGAUUAGCGUUCAGCGAGCGAGAUUGCACAGGGUGAGAUCAGCGUGUCAAAGUGAGAUUAGGCAGUUUUUAAGGCGUUCAUUGGUAGCUCUCAGACUAAGGAAGGGGUAUGUCAUGCUGUGAAGGGGAUGAGGCUGGGUGAGGUAUACCAGAAUACCACUUCCUAUCUAACCUAUCUCUUCAUCUAGUCCCCGGGUGAAUGUACAGGUUAUCUUGUAGCCCCUAACCAGCACCUGUCUAUCCUCUAGCGUACGAAACCUCCUCAACCUGUUCCAGUGCAACACAACCUUGUCUCCAGACAUGCCCUGAAGCGGGUAGCCAAGGGUAGAGGUCUGGGACCACUCGUAAUAUCCUUCGCAGCAUGAGGGCCGGUCCCACGCCAGGCCUGAGGCACCCAACCCCUCACCAUGGUGCCUGAGCCGCCCACCACCCACACGAUGAUCAGGUAGAGUGGGCGUUGCUAUGGCGACGCCGCGACCGACGGUGGGCGGCGGCAAGGAGAAUCUACACAAAAGCAGCAGCGAUUCUGUGCGUCGAUAUCGUCACCGCGUGAGGAGCCGAGGCUCACCUGUCUCCAGGUGCUUUCUCAACCUCGAUGGCUACAACUAUGUUAUAGUGGCCAGCCCGCCGGAGACGAAGAAGGAGACACAAGAUGAAGCGGCUCCACCACCUCCACCUUCAAACAAGAAUGGACAACUAUCUAAACAAGGCUCUCUCACCAUCCUGCGUCGGUCCAAUAGCCGGAGCCAUGCGGGCAGGACGGGUCGACUCUCCUCGCAGGCCGACAACGACACGCUCGACGCUAUCGACCUCCACCACGACGCUCUCCCUGCCGUCGAUACUCCGGAGUCGUGCGAGAAGGCCGCUCUCAGAUUACGGAGCCUGCUGCGCCACCUACAGGAGGGGGAAGUGGCGGCCUCGGUACUCCAGCAGAACUUGCAGUACGCUGCCGACGUCCUCGAUUCCAUCUACGUGGACGAGGCCAAGUGCGUGCCUCCGCCACAGGACCGAGCAAUAACCAUCAGUCUUGAACCCCCUACCACCAAGGGCCGACGUUCCCCCAGCGGUCCAGGCGCGGCUUCCAGGUUACCGAAAUUACCAGUUUCCCUCUCUUAA